AUGUCUGAAAUCCACAAGUCAAAGCCUACAAGGCCGACCCUUUGGGGUUUCUUCAAGGAAGUUUUCAAUUGGUAUCCUUCUUCUUAUUCCUCUGAGGAAAGAAGAUUAUUGUUCAAACUCGAUGUCUCAAUCCUGGUUUUUGCAUGCCUAUGCUUCUUUGUGAAAUACUUGGAUCAAACAAAUAUCAGCAAUGCCUACGUGAGUGGGCUUAAGGAAGACUUUGGUCUAUAUGGUAACGAGCUCAAUUACUUCAAUGUUUGUUACUAUACAGCAUAUGUGGUUUUCCAGGUUCCGGGUCUACUUUUGAUGUCCCGCCCAAAGCUGGCUCGUUGGCUUCUUCCCGGACUUGAAGUCCUAUGGGGUAUCUGUACAUUUGCCCAAAGUCGCGUUACCAACGUCCACCAACUUUAUGCCCUCAGAUUUUUGGUUGGAAUGCUCGAGGCUCCUGUCUUUGCUGGAACUCAUUUUAUUCUCGGAUCCUGGUAUUCCGGCCCUGAACUUUUCAAACGUGCGGGUACUUGGUUCAUAUGCAAUCCGCUUGGUAGCAUGAUCAGUGGAUAUCUGCAAUCCGCUGCUUAUACCAAUCUUUCGGGAGUUGGGGGCAUGCCUGGAUGGAGGUGGCUGUUCAUUAUUGAUGGCAUAUUCACAAUUCCCGUGGCUUUGAUUGGAUUCCUUAUAUUUCCAGGUAUUCCUGACUCGCCCCGGCCAUUCUAUUUGACCGAGAGCGAUAUUGUUUUGGCGAAGGAGAGGACGCGAAGGGCCAACAUCCGCCGACCUGGUAAACUGGGACUUGAUGUAUUCAAGCGGUCUUUGAAGCGAUGGCAUAUUUGGGUCUUUGUCACUUGUUACGCGUGCAUGAUCAUCUCAUCCUAUCCAGCAUCUUAUAUGAGUCUAUGGCUCAAGGCAGAGGGAUACUCUGUCACUCAAGUCAACCAGCUACCAACAGUGAUUUAUGCGGUCCAAAUUGUCGCAUCUUGGUUUGGCACGACUGUUGCUGCCAUUUAUCCUUCUUGGAUCAUUUAUACGAUUGCUUCUCUUGGAUGCCUUUUCUCGACGCUGUGCAUGAUUAUUUGGAAUAUUCCCAAGGGUUUAAAGUUUGCUGCAUGGUAUAUCCUCGGUCUCUCGGGUUGUUUAAGCCCCAUUUUAUAUUCGACGGUCAACACGAUUGUCAAGGAUGAUUCUGAAGAACGAGCGCUAAUCUUGGGAUCCAUGAUGACAUUUGGCUACUCAUUCCAGAUUUGGGUUCCACUUCUUGUGUUUCCAACCGCUGGUCACUAUGGUGCUCCCCAGUGGAUCAAGGGAUGGCCCGUGGCAUUUGUGUUCUAUUUCUUGCUGUGGGCGGGAUUUAUUACUUCUCUGGUCAUUCACAGACGGGACCAAAGUAAGAACGCCACCGUGGUGGCAUCGGACAGCAGCGAGGAUAUAGAGACCAUCGUGGACCGAGCGCCUCCGAAAUCUACCGGGGAGGAUUGA